AUGGUGGUAAAGAAACAGAAGACCAAGGCAGUCAUUUAUUCGCGGGUGUCUUCUGCGGCCAACAAAGACAGUGCGAGUGUUCAGCGCCAGGAACAAGCUUGCCGAAAACUAUGCACUACUCAGGGCUGGACCAUUGCAAAGAACGUUGCUGAGGUGAUUUCGGGAUCCCUGCCGAAAGACAAGCGGCAUACAUUUUGCAAACUACUGGAGACAUGCUCAGCACGUGGAAUCAAGCAUGUGGUGGUCGAGGGCUCCCGAACCCUAGCCCGUUCCGCGAGGACGGCACAGGAUUUGUUUGAUAUGUCUAAGAAAGCAGGAGUUACGAUCACAACGACAGAUAUUCCUGGCCUUCUCGAUCCUGCCGAAACCAACCCUGCCAGCACGUUUCUCAGGCAUGUCAUCUUUGCUUAUGUACAGCUAGAGCGUGAUAUGGUCGUACACAGACUUCAAGACGGGCUGGCGCGCAAACGAUACAAAGCGGUCAAGGAAAGCAAGAAGGAUCCAGCCUCGACUGUCUUGUCCCAGCAGGGACAAGUGAAGAUCAACGGGCGCCGCAGCCUCCUGGAGAUGAAGUCUUGGGAUCAGGCUCGUAUCAGAAAGCAUCUCGGACCUAUCUUUAAGGACUACGCACAGGGAAAGGUGACAGCACGGGAGAUGGCGCCGUUGAUCUCUAAGAAGAUGAAGCUCGGUCGCACAAUUUCUCAUGAGACAGCUCGGAGGAUGUAUGCAGCCCAUUGGGCCUGA